AUGGCUGAUGGAAAUAAAUGCGAUCUUUUACUGCUUAAUUUGGCGCAACAGUUAGAAGGUGGCGUACCAGAGCUUCUGGAUAUCUUAUUUGGUUUUUUGUCUCGAAAGACGGAUUUUUAUACUGGUGCUGAUAUUUCAACAGCUCGAGAAAUGGUCCUGAAAGCAUUUGAUAAGCACAGCGAGUCUGCAAAACAAGCUGCAGAAGAUGCAAAAAAAAGACGGUUAGAAGAACAAAGACGUUUAGAAGAACGAAGAGCAGCACAAAAGGCAAAAGAAGAACUUGAAAUUAAUGAACCAAAAAUUCGUGAAAUAACGGAUGAAGAAGCCGAAGAAUUAAUGAAGAAAGAGGAGAAUAAGGAGCAAGUUUCACCUAUUAUUGAUGAUAAUGAUAAAGAUAGUCAAGAUGAAGAUCCUGAAGAUAAGGGGAAGUUAAAACCAAAUGCUGGUAAUGGCUGUGAUCUAGAGAACUACCAGUGGACUCAAACGUUAGGCGAAGUCGAGGUUCGUGUCCCAUUCAAAGUUGGUUUCCCACUGAAAUCAAAAGAUGUCAUUGUUGAGUUUACAAAAAGCAAAUUGAAAAUUGGCCUGAAAGGACAAGAGCCGAUAAUCGACGGUGAUCUUUAUAAUAUCAUAAAAGUUGAAAACACAACUUGGAUUCUUGAGGACCGGAGAACCGUUGUUCUUGCAAUGGAAAAGAUUAAUAAUAUGGAAUGGUGGAGUAGGUUGGUGAAAACAGAUCCAGAAAUAAACACGAAGAAAGUACAACCAGAAAGUUCUAAACUUUCUGAUUUGGAUGGCGAAACCAGAAAAAUGGUUGAAAAGAUGAUGUAUGAUCAAAGGCAAAAAGAGUUGGGACUACCUACUUCUGAAGAAAAAAAGAAAAGGGAAUUGCUAAGCACGUUUAUGAAGCAGCACCCAGAAAUGGAUUUCUCACAAGUGAAGUUCUAA